AUGUCCGAACGUAAAGAAUCAGUUGAUAGUUUUGAUGAGUUUUUUGGUGUACCAAAGACAGAUAAUAAUAAAAGAAAAUCUUCAAUUGCAUCAAAACAAAAUGAUACAUCAAUCUCAGCAAUUGUUAAAACUCAACCGAUUGUUGAACGUUCUCCAACUCCAACUCCAACAACAACACCAGAAGAACGAAGACUUUCAUCACCAAGCCUAAAUCCAAAAGUAAAUAAUGCAAAAACACCAUCAACAACAAAUGGAUAUAAAAAUAUUACGCCGGAAACGUCAAAUCGAGCUGAAUCGGUCCAAUCAAAAGCUUAUGAAUCAGAUUUUGAUAAUGAUAAUGGUUUUGACGAUGAUGAAACAGUUGUUGAAAGUAUACAAGAAAGAAAUAAAACGCAUGGCUCAUUACCACCAACUCAACAACGUAUAUAUGAAGUUCCUCGUCGUGGUAGUGAUUCUGAAUUAAAAAGUUCAUUCACAACAACAAAUCAUAAAAAAUCAACAAAUCGAAAUAUUCGACGUAAUGAAUCAUUUUUACCAUCUAUUCGACCACAACAAACUCGUCGUACAGGAGGUUAUCCAAUUCAUCGUCGUAAAGAAAAUUUAUCGUCAUCAUCACCAAAAACUGAAAUAGAACAACGUGCAUUAGCAGCACAAAAUCAUAAAAUAAAAACUCUUGAAUCUCGUCUAGCUGAAUUACGUCGUGAAUUAGAAGUUCAACGUGUUGAAAAUGCAACAUUACGUACAAUACAACGACGUGAAGAAAAAGCCAUUAAAAAAUAUGAAGAAAAAGAAUUUGAUAUACAUCGAGUUGUACGUGAUUAUGCACAUGAAAUUGAUUAUAUGAAAGAAGUUUUAUCUAAUGAACGUGCAGUUAAAAUAAAACUUGAAAAACAAAUUGAAGUUCGUGAAGAAAAAUUACGUGAUCAAACAAACCGUAUGAAAAACUAUGAAAAAAUUGUAAAAGAAAAAAAUCUUGAUGAACGUUAUGAAUUACGUGAAAAAUUAAAUGAAACAGAUAAAAAAUUACAAGAAGUUCAAGAAAAAUUAAAUAAUCAAGAAAAAUAUAUUGAAAAUUUAGAAAAAAAUCAUCGUCAUGAAGUUAGUCAUGAAAUAAUAAAACAACGUGAAUUAAAACGUCGACUUGAAGAACAUUCACAAAAAUAUAAUGAUUUAUUACUUAAAUUUGAAGAUAAAACACGACAAAUUGAUACAAUGCAUAUUUAUGUACAACGUGGUGGUAAACGUCGAUCAGAUUCACCAACAAAUUUAUCAAAAUCACGUUCAUUACAAUCACUUCAAGAAACAUCAUCACAUUCACGUGAAAAAACAAAUAAUUAUGAUAAAAAACGACGUGAACAACAAGAACAAGAAAAAAAAUCAAAAUCACAACAACAACAACAACAACAACAACGAUCUUCUUCAAAUGAUUCUUCACCAAAACAUGAAAAGAAAAAAAUUAUUACACCGAAAAAAUCAUUACAAAAUACAAUGACAACUACAAAAAAUUUAUCAAAUGAUGAAAAAUCAUCAACAAUACAAAAUGAUCAUUUGCCACCCAAAGGAAAACCUCCGACGCGUCGUCUCUCAACACCAAAGAGCGUUGAUGAAGACAAAAAUGAAUUAGAUAAUGAAGAUAUUUUUGGAUCAAAGCCUAAGAAAUUACCACCACCAACAACUAUUCAGCGAAGUGAACAACAUCUAUCCCAUACACAACUUCAUAAACGUCCCAUAGCACCUAUUCCACCAGCAAAUGAAUCAAAAUAUAGUUCAUCAGGAACUGGUGGAAAUACAUCAUCUUCAAUUUUUAAACUCACUGAACCACCAAUGCCAUCAAAAUCUCGUACAACACGCCAACUUGAUGAAAAAUGGUCGGACAUGUUUGGAAGCAAUGAAAAAGAAGAUUCAGCUAAAGAAGAUCUUCUUGCUAAAUUAGUUGCUGAUGAACAACAAGAACGAAGACAAGCUGCUACUGCUGCUCAAUCAUCAUCUACGAAAAAUUCAUCAAUGACUAUGUUCGAAUCAUCAACACGUUCAACAGUAACAACACAACCAACAACAACAAUUAAACCAUCUGCUGAUCCAUUUGAAUCCCUUUUUAGUAAUAAUUCAAAUAAAUCAACAACAAAUCGUAAAAACGAUUCUGAUGAUAUAUUUUCAACAAAACCAUCAAAUCAAUCAACAACACAAACUAAAAAUGAUCCAUUUGAAUCAUUAUUUGCACCAUCAUCUACAGCUAAUAAUUCAACAACAAUCAAUUCAAAUUCAAGACAAUAUACAUCACAAAAUGACAAAUUACAAAGACCAAAAAUUGUUACAAAUCCACCAAGAUCAAUACCAAAUAGGACAGUCGUUGAUGAAGUAGAAGAAUUUGUUUUAUAA